CUCUGCUUUUUGUUGGUAGCAUUGUCUUGAAUAGCAUUGGCAACACUGAUUUUUAACGUAACCUGACUUUUUAACAAGGAAUAUUUUCUUUUUAUUAUCCUAUUUUAAUAUAGAUUAAAUAACAAUGAUUACCUACGAAUUAUGCUUAUUAUUGCGAGUAAUGCCAAAGCCCGAGUUAACAACCACUUUAAAGAGAGCUGCCGAGGCAAUUUUCGAGAAAGGAGGCAUUAUUAGGAAGCUAGAAAACUUGGGCACAAGAGACAUGCCAUAUAAAACCAGCGUGCACGGUGCGGUACACAAAAAAGCAAGUUAUUUUUUGUAUGAGUUUAAUGCUCCGCCAAGCAGUUUGGAGACGCUUUUGGACGCGUAUAGCAGAGAUGUCGAUAUAAUUAGACGGCAGAUUUACAAGAAGAAAGCGAUAGAACCGUUUGAGUGUACUUUGAAUGAUGAAAUUUUGCCUCCUGCUUACAGAAAAGACGUUCAGGAGUUGAUAUCAGAGGCAAGGAAGUUAGAAAAACCUAAGUUUAGUUAUAAUAGCGGUUUGGACUAUUAUCCUUUCCAAAAAUAGUUUUUGUUUUUGUAUAUAGUAGUGUUAAGUAAUAAAUAAAACAAGUGAAAUGA